ACAAUUAAUAUGCAUCGUAAUAGUUUAAGAGAACGUUAUGAAAAGAAAAGAAAGGAACGACAAGACAUUCUAGGUACAGGAAGCUUGCUGGAAUCAACAGAGGAUAAGAAAACAUUGAGUUUAAUUGAAGAUACAGACACCGAGAAAUGCUUGAUUAAAAUUCUUUCAAAUAAAAACUUAAUUCUACCAACAAAUUCCAAACAAAUCUUUGAGCAAGUAACGUCGUUGAUGUUGCGACCUGUUGAAAUUUUAAAGAUUCAUCAACAACUCGAGAAUAUAGCGCAGCAAAAUAUAAUUGAGUUAAAGAAUGUUUCAAUAAAGAAUGAAGCUGGUUAUGAAAUAAUUCAAGUACACAAUGAGAAGCUACAUUAUCAUUAUCAUGACAUUUUGAACGAGAAAAAAAGCGACGAUGCUUGGGCCGAAUAUGAAAGUUCGCAAGGAUUUGAAGAUGAACCGAGAGAAAAGAAACCGAGAGAAAGCAGUGCACUUCAAGACACUGACAUCAUGUCAUUAUUGUCACUUCCAUCUACAAAAGAGAAACAAAACAAACAAGUUGGUGAAGAAAUUUUGGAACUUCUCUCGAAACCAACAGCAAAAGAAAAAUUUCUCACUGAAAAGUUUAAAUCACAAGGCGGUACACAAGUCAUGGAGUUUUGUCCACAUGGAACUCGUGUUGAAUGCAUGAAAGCUCAACAAUUAACUGAUGAAGCAACAUCAACAGAGGAAAAUGAUGAAAAAUCAGAGAAAACGGUGGAAAACAACGACGAAGCAAAAGAUGCAACGCGGUUCAAGUGUAAUCGUUUGCAUUUUAAGAAAAUCAUCCAAGGACAUACUGAUGUUGUGCUGGGUGAUUGUAGUUUCUUAAACACAUGUUUUCACAUGUCGACAUGUAAAUAUGUUCAUUAUCAAGUUGAUAACGCAGAACAAACUGCAAAUAAAACAAUUAAAAAUGCACAACAAGAUGAAGCAAGUGGCGGGAACAGUCAAGAUCUCAUUCCAAAACGUUCCAUUGAAGUGACAUUAAAUCCAGCUCAAUGGAUUCAAUGUGAUUUACGUUACUUGGAUAUGAGUUGUUUAGGGAAGUUUGCUGUCAUUAUGGCUGAUCCUCCUUGGGAUAUUCACAUGGAACUUCCGUAUGGAACAAUGUCAGAUGAUGAGAUGAGAGAAUUGGGCGUUCCAGCACUUCAAGAUGAUGGUUUAAUAUUCUUGUGGGUGACUGGUCGUGCCAUGGAGCUUGGAAGGGAAUGUCUUAAACUUUGGGGAUAUGAAAGAGUUGACGAACUCAUUUGGGUGAAGACAAAUCAACUUCAACGAAUUAUUCGAACAGGUCGAACUGGUCAUUGGCUUAACCAUGGCAAAGAACAUUGUCUCGUUGGCUUGAAAGGUAAACCGAAGAAUCUUAAUCGAGGACUCGACUGUGAUGUCAUAGUUGCUGAAGUGCGUGCAACUUCUCAUAAGCCCGAUGAAGUUUACGGAAUUAUUGAAAGAUUGUCACCAGGAACAAGAAAAAUCGAAUUAUUCGGAAGACAACAUAAUGUUCAACCAAAUUGGCUGACAAUUGGCAAUCAACUUGAUGGAGUUAAACUUGUCGAUCCUGAGCUGAUUAACAGUUUUCAAAAAAGAUAUCCCGAUGGUAAUUGUAUGAUAAGUAAGAAAAGUUUUAAAAGUGACAGAAAUUAUAUCAAGGAUCUGAUAGUGAAAGAAACAGAAAUUUCUACAAAUCAUUUAACACCUGAAAUCAAAUUAAGACUCAUCACAAAGAAUUGCCGACUUUUUCAUUCAACGCAAGAGGAAAAUGAAAAUUCAGUGCUAAAAGAUCCAUUUUGGGGCUUUUAUUGGCCUGGUGGGAUGUCAGUGACUCGUUACAUUCUCGAUAAUCCUCACAUAAUUAAAGGAAAGAAAGUUUUAGACUUUGGAUCUGGAUGUGGAGCAACAGCAAUCGCUUGUAAACUAAAUUUAUGUGAAAUGGUCAUUGCAAAUGACAUUGACGUAAAUGCAGAAGCUGCAAUUAAGCUUAAUGCAGCACUAAAUAAUGUUCAUGUCAUGACAGACACACGAAACCUUAUAAACGAUCCUUCGACAUUCUCAUUCGAUAUAAUUAUCUUCGGUGACGUUUUCUACGAUGAAGAUUUUGCAAAGCAACUUCUACCGUGGAUAAGAAGACUUGUUAGUAAUGGAAAAACAUGUUUAAUUGGAGAUCCUGGAAGGCAUGCAUUGAGUAAAGAACUUAAAUUACUGAAAAUGGCACAAUAUGAGCUCCCAGUUAAUUCAUGUCUUGAAAACCAUGGAUUUCAUUCAACCAAAGUCUUUAAAGUCAUUCAAUAG